AGUGGUUUUGCCUUUUCCAAAUUCCAUCUGCAGUAUCUCUGGCUGGAGAUCUGGAUCUGGCAAGGCAAGUUGUGCAUUUCACCACAGAGCAGGGGAGUCAUGGAGGAGACUUCUGGGCAUCUGGCCUCAAUGGAACUCACCUGCUGGCUGAAACAAGAAGAAGAUUCAUUCAUCGUGGUUUCCGAGGAUGAAGAAAGCUCAGCAGGUGAUGUGGGGGAGGACAAAGAGGGUGAACAGCAGAGAAGAAAAACUGAAACACAACAGACAUGGAGGAAGAAAUCCACUGUGUCUGAAGGGUCAGAGUUCCAUGCAGCUGCAAUCCAUGAAGAAUACUGCAAAGAGAAAAAAGGGAAUAUGUUCCCUCUGUGUGUAAAAAUCUUUAGUAGAUCAAACCUAGCCACACACCAAAGAAUGCACAAAGGAGAGAAACCAUUCAUUUGCUCAGAGUGUGGAAAGAGCUUCAGUCGCAACACUAAUCUUACUAGACAUCAAAGAGCACAUAGAGGAGAGAAACCAUAUCAGUGUUCAAAGUGUGGGAAGAGCUUCAGCCACAGCUCAAGUCUUAGUUUCCAUCAAAGAGUGCACACAGGGGAGAAACCAUAUACAUGCUUGGAGUGUGGAAAGAGCUUCAGUCAGAAGAUAAACCUUACCAGGCAUCAAAGAGUGCACACAGGGGAGAAACCAUAUACGUGCUUGGAGUGUGGAAGGAGCUUCAGUCACAGGUCGAGCCUUAAUGAUCAUCAAAGAAUCCACACAGGCGAGAAACCCUAUGAAUGCUCUGAGUGUGGAAAACACUUCACCCGGAGUUCAAGCCUGAAUGAACAUCAAAGAAUCCACACAAUUCAGGAACAACACAAACGUCUAGGGUGUGGAAAGCAUUUCAGUGUGAGCACAGACCCUUCUCAACAAAAAAAUAUCAAUAUGGGAGAGAAACCAUAUAAAUGCUUAGAUUGUGGAAAGAGCUUUGGCCACAAGACUCAUCUUACUAAUCAUCAAAGAAUUCACAGAGGGCAGAAGCCCUUUAAAUGCUUAGCGUGUGGAAAGUGCUUCAGCCAGAGUUCAAACCUUAAUGAACAUCAAAAAAUCCACACCGGGGAGAAACCAUUUAAAUGCUUAGAGUGUGGCAAGUGCUAUAGUCAGAAGAUAAACCUUACUAGGCAUCAGCGAGUGCACACAAGGGAGAAGCUAUACCAGUGCAUGGAGUGUGGGAAGAGCUUCAGCCAGAGUUCACACCUUAAUGAACAUCAACAAACCCACACUGCAGAGGACUCAUAGGACACAUAAGAAGAAGCAGACUUGUUCUCUAGAGCUUCUGAGGGCUGGACUAGAGCCAGUGGGUUGAAAUGACAAGGAAGCAGAUUUAGGCUGGCCAUUAGGAAGAACUACUCAACUGUAAGAGCUGCCCGGCAAUGGUAUAAUCUAUCUCAGACAGUGGUGGGCUCGCUUUCACUAGAAGAUUUCAAAAGAAAGGCUGGGUGGCCAACUGACAGGGAUGCUGUAGCAGUUGCCUGCACUGAGUAGUGGGUGGGCUAGAGGACCUUUAAAGUCCCUUCCAGCUCUACAGUUCUAUGAUUCUGCAAAUGCUCAGAUUGGGGAAGCAGCUUCAGCCAGCUGAUAAACCAUACUAGUAAUAAGAACAGACCUGCUAGGUCAGGCCCAAGGCCCAUCCAGUCUAGCAUCCUGAUUCCCACAGUGGCCCACUGCUAAUCAUCCGAGUAUGUGCUGGAAGAUGCUUCUGAGUCAUAGAAAUGCUUGGAUUGUGGAACUAACUUGGAGCAGAUCCUGCAAGUCUUCACAUCAGUGUUUCACAUGUGUGCAGUAUAAGGAAUUACACUGGCAUUUUGCUCACCAGUCAGUCCUUAACAACACAAAGAGCAUCCUCUUAAAGGAGAAACCACAUAAAUACUCAAAAUGUUCCAAAAAGACCAAGUGCAAACUGUACUGUACAUGCAUUUGUAUGCAUAAAACACACAAGUGUUUUAAUUGUUUCUAUAUUGAUCUCUCCGCCACCCUUUAAUUGUUGAAAGGUGCUUUUGGACCAGUCUCCCCCCCGCCCACACACACACAAACAAAGAUAGCCUAUACAUUUUUUUAAAAAAGAGAAGAAAACCAGUGAGUGUUGACAGGCAACUUCAGCUGGAGCCAUCCUUUUUAGCCAGCCUCUGACUAAAGUAGUUUGGCUCCCCGCUUCCCACCCAAUCAGUUAAGUCAAGGGUCUCUUUAGUGACCAGCCUUUCCUCCCUCUAUAGGGUUAACAGAAAGUGAACACUUGUCUUGACUGACAGGCUGGUGAACUCCAGGGCUCAACCAAUCAGUUGACCAGGUGGGUGCAACAUGUGAGCUUCAUGGGGGGGGGAGCGAUUCUGGGUAAAAGAAAGGAAGUCAUCACAGAGAGUAUGAACUAGCCUGGUGUCUGUGCUGGGAGCAUGGAGGAGGUCAUGCGGCAAUGGAGUUUUGCUGCAGCAGGAUGACUGUGUAUCCUUGAGAGACAGGAUUGUGGGGGUCUUAAUUCUGAUUGGGAAUUUGGUGAGUUCAAGGGGAAGAAGCCAAGGCUGUGGCUUUGGGAAUUUCAGCAUAGGGAACAGUUUGCUUAAUCAGACUGUGUGUCAGGAAUUUAUUUUGCUUUUGUGUGUGUGCUUUGCAUUUUCCUAAAUAUCUGUUCUUUGCAACUAAGUAACUAAGAUUUUAAAGUGUGCCACCCCAGAGCAAAAUCAUUUGGGCACUUUUGAAGUAUUCUUGUGACUGACUAAUUAUUUUUAAGUGGUUCUAAAAAGCUAAAAGCCUCAGAUGGGACUAGUCUGUAGUAACUGAAUAAAAGAUCCCCCCCCCAUUCUUUUUACAAAUCUCAGAGGAUUGAUUAUUAACCCAGUAGGAGCAGGGAGGGGAAAACAAAACCACUGAUGCAAACACGUAUCAAAGACAGCUUGGCCAAAUAAACAAUUAACUCCAUGUGCAGGCAGAUGCCUGGGAGAACAAUUGGUUUUAUUCUUGCCUGGUAGCUAGGGGGAGUAGAUAUAUUUUGGUAUUUGCCCAAUACCCAGUUACAGAGAGACUCUGGACUAGAGCACUCUAGUCCAACAGUAGGACCUCGGAAAGCAUUAGAGUGCUUGGUGGCAGCAAGAUGAACCUACCAGAACUUCUGGGUUUACCAGAAUAUUUUUUUUUCUUUCUGGGUUGAGGAAAGUUAAAGAUUUUUAACAGCUAAGCAGCUUUUCGGAGCUCUGACGAAUGGCUCAGCUGAUAAGAGCCCCUCGUGAGCUAGGUAACUGAGGAAACUGCUGUAAACUGGUUUAGACUGGUCAGGGAGAGUAAUCAUUAACCCAGCCUGAGUCAGGAAAGGAAAAUUUUCCACUAUACCAAUUUGCCACAGUCUCAAAAUUGGCACCUUCAGCUGUUGUCAGACUACAGCUCCCAUCAUCCUCAGUCACAAAAGCCAGUAGCCAUGGAUGAUGGGAGUUGUAGUCUGACAUGUGCUGGUGGGAUGUAGUUUGAGACCCCUGCUUUGAAUGACUAAAAGCGUGCCUCCCAAGUACUGUGUUUGUUCCCACUGCCAUGGGAACAGGAUGUGUGUACAACUCCCAUUGUAAAGGAAGGAAACCUCACCAAUCUUGGAACCUGCCCAUCAGCAUUAUUUCAAUUAUUUCCCACCACAUUUGAAAUAAUCCCACCAUUCCAUGCAUUUUAUAACAAAGAAUGGGUUUUCAAACUAGGAUUCCCUGAUGAUUUUGGACUACAACUCCCAUCAUCUCCAGCCAAAUGGGCAAAAGCUGUUUUGGCUGGGGAUGAUGACACUUGUAGUACAACAACAUCUGGAGGCCCUAGUUUGAAAAUCCUUGUCAUAGAAGUGUUUCAGGCACCUCAUUUACUCAAGUGGCAAGGAGUUCCAGAGGGUGUGCUGUUUUUUGUAGAUAAAAGGAGCCUGGAUAAUUGGAGAAGUAUUAUAGUUCAGUGGUAGAGUGCCUGGUUUGCAUAUAGAAAGUCCCUGGUUCAAUCCCUGGCAGUAUCUCCAGGAAAGACCCCCCAUCUGAAACUCUGGAGAGCUGCUACACCUGUGCAUAGGCAGUUUUGAGCUUUGAUGAACUAAAGAUUUGACUUAGUCGAACGUAACUUUCUAUGUAUCCUUGCUGCCUCAAGGAUGCUCAUGGGCACUAGUUACUUCAUGAGUAUCAUACCUAUCCUGCGGCAGCUUUACUGGCUACAAGUUUGCUUCUGGGCUAGAUUUAAAGUGUUGGUUUUGACCUUUAAAGCCUCACACAACAAAAUACAAAGUGCUGGUUAUUACCUUUAAGUCCCUGAACGACUUAGGUCCAGAUUACCUUAGAGAGCGCCUUCUUCUGUAUGAUCCCCACCGCACGCUAAGGCCAUCUGAAGACGUCCGUCUCCAGUUACCACCGGUACAUCUGGUGGCGACUCGGAGGUGGGCCUUCUUUAUAGCCCCUCCUGGACUGUGGAAUGCACUCCCUGCAGAAAUCUGCAAUCUGAACUCUUUAUUGGCUUUUGUUUGGCCUGGCCUUCCACAGUUUUUAAAUUGUUGUAAUGGGUUUUAAUGUACCUGGUUUUUCAGAGUUUUUAAACUGUUUUUAUUGUUUAACUGUUUUAUGGUAUUUUAAAAUCUUUGUUUGAAUUGUUGGUUGAUUUUAACAGUUUUGUUUUAUUUGUAAACUGCCCUGAGCCAUUUUGGAAGGGCGGUAUUAAAAAAAUGUUCUUAAUUGUU